AACUAGUUUGAAAAGUUCGUAUGUUAAGAAACAUUCCUCUGUGCAGCUCCAAAAGUAACUGUUCACGUUGGAGUUGGCAAUCAUUCGUUGUGUUCUGCAUACCCCAACUUGCCACGCAGAUUUGGAAAAGGUGUCUGUCGUAAAUAUCUAUAGAUACAAUCAUCAUGGACAGCUUGUACAAGAAGAAUAGCAAUGGCAAAGAGACAAUUUCCACAAACCCAAGCGAAAGUCAGAUUCAAAAAUUUUACGCUGGUAAAUCGAUUUUUUUGACUGGCUCAACCGGCUUCAUGGGCAAAGUCUUGGUUGAAAAAUAUUUACGAAGCUGUCCGGAUAUCAAAAGACUUUACGUACUUAUAAGACCGAAAAGAGGAUCGAGCUUCGAGGAAAGAAUGAAAACCUUCUUCGACGAUGUGCUUUUUCAAGAACUAUUAAAAGCAAAUCCCGGCUGCAAGUCGAAGGUUUACCCGGUAUCGGGUGACCUUGUGUCGGAAAAUUUGGGAAUGUCGGAAGCCGAUAGAAAUUUGUUGAUCGAAGACGUCAGUUACUUUAUUCACAACGCUUCAAAUGUGAGAUUCACGGAGAAAAUGGGCUCCGCAUUGCGUAUAAAUGUAUUGGGAACAUUACAAAUGCUAAAUUUUGCGAAGGAAUGCAAAAAGGUCGAAGCAUUUAUGUACGUGUCGACAGCAUUUUGCCACGGUUAUGAAACUGUUAUAAGAGAACAAGUUCUCGAAAAACCGGCUGACAUAGAAUUGACGAAGAAGAUUAUCGCCGCGGAGGCGGCGACCAAAGACGGCUUCAGCGAAGAACAAAUCAAAGAAAUCAUUGGACAUUAUCCAAAUGUUUACUGUUUUACUAAAGCUACGGCCGAAGGUCUGGUCGACGCAAUGUCGGGGGAGGUUCCCUUCAAAUGCUUAAUCUACCGUCCAUCAAUAGUGAUAUCUACGUGGAAAGAACCUAUCAGAAGUUGGUGCGGGAACAUGAACGGACCCGGGGCUUUGUUCAUUGGAUACGGAUUGGGAGUCAUGCGUACCGCGUACCUCUUAGACUACGUCGUCGAUUUGGUUCCGGUCGAUAUGACGAUCAAUUCAAUGAUCGUUUCAAUGUGGGACGUCACCGAAAAUAGACCAUCCAACUCCGGAGCUUUCAUCUUUAACUACGGGACCAGCAGCCAUAAACCAAUAACUUUCAGGAAAUUCAAGAAACAUUGCCUUCCUCAGGAUCCUUACGUGACCCCGCCCUCGAUUCACACUGUGUGGCCGCAGGGUUGCGUCUUUACCGAGUGCCCGUACUACUUCGCCAUCCUCAACGUUCUGUUUCACAUCAUACCGGCGUUAUUGGUCGAUGGCUAUUUGAAGCUGACUGGAAAAAAAGCCAUGGCUAUGCCUAUUUACAAAAAAGGAAUGAUGAAUUUCGACGCAGUGAUGCAGUUCAUUCACAGCAAUUAUAGACUAGAGGUUGUGGGUAUUCACAAAGCUGUCGAUCGCCUGAACGCCACCGAUCGCUCGUUAUUCUACUGCGACCUCAGAGAGCUCGACUGGAUAGAUUACUGCAAAACGUACUGGGGAGGUCUCCGCGAGUAUCUUCUCAAAGAUCCUCCGUCGACGAUACCAAAAGCUAACAAAAAAUUCCAAAAACUCCUCAUGUAUCAGAGCAUUUUGAGGUACACCGUUAUAGCGGUGGUCGUGUAUUUGUUGCUCUGGCUCUUUGGAAUUUUCUAACUUAUCCCGCAUCAUAAACUUUGAUCGAAUGCUUUUUGGUUCUCCUCAUUAAACGCCUACACACACACGCACGCACAAACACAAACACACACACACACACGCACGCACUCUUCCUAAGUUUUCUGGAAUCUCCAUUAAGAAACAGGCUGCAGACCUUUUCAAAUUAUUGGGAAAUGGGAAGUCAAAUCUGUUGCAAAAGUCACAAGCGAUCCUUCAAUUAUCCUCUACCGAGUCGGCACCCAUUCGCUUUAUAUUCCUGUUCCCUUGCGCUCUUUUAAGAAACGUACCAUGUUGCUGUGUUUCUCUCAAAAUAAUGUAGAAAGCAAUUGCGCUUAUUAUUUUUUGUAAAAAUGAUGCUCACGAUGAAGGAAAAAAUAUACAAUCUUAUUUUUAAGAUUAAAUAAACGGGCUCUAUUAUUAUCUUAAUCGAAA